GACGUAAAGCUCGCGACUUGGGAUCUGUCUCCGGCGAACUGAACCACCGCCAUGGAUUCCGGUCAGCCUUUCGAGAGAGAAAAGCACGUGACUUACUUGCAGAUGAUGUACCAGAUCCUCCCCCACCAGUACCAGACUCAAGAGAUCAACCGCCUCACUCUCGCCUACUUCGUCGUCUCCGGCCUCGACCUCCUCCGCUCUCUCGACUGCAUUGAUAAGAAUGCGGUAGCUGAUUGGGUUCUGUCGCUGCAAGCUCGCCCUAGAGAUUGUGACGAAGUUAACAAUGGGCAAUUCUAUGGGUUUUGUGGUUCUAGAAGCUCUCAGUUUAAUCCAGAUGAUAAUAAUGUGACUUUGAAUUCGAGUAUCUGUAACUUGGCUAGCACGUAUUCUGCCUUGGCUAUACUGAAAAUUAUCGGCUACGACUUGUCUAAUAUCAAGUCUGAGUGGUUAUUGAAGUCAAUGAGAAACCUUCAACAACCUGAUGGGAGUUUUAUGCCUAUACAUACAGGGGCGGAGACUGAUCUUCGAUUCAUUUAUUGUGCUGCUGCGAUUUGUCAUAUGUUGGGAAAUUGGAGUGGCAUGGACAAAGAGAAAGCCAAGGAGUACAUCAUAAAUUGCCAGUCAUAUGAUGGUGGAUUUGGCUUGACUCCUGGUGCAGAAUCCCAUGGUGGUGCAAUUUAUUGUGGUAUUACAUCUCUCCGGUUGAUGGGGUUCCUUGAAGAGGAUUUACUUUCCAAAAAUAUAUCGUCCUCCAUAAUAAAUGUGCCUAUGCUGUUGGUUUGGUGUUUACAGAGGCAAGCAGCUGAUGGUGGAUUCCAGGGUAGACCCAACAAGCCUAGUGACACAUGUUAUGCAUUUUGGAUUGCAUCAAUUUUGAAGAUUUUAGGGGGGCACAAAUUGAUUGACCAGAAAGCUUUGCGUGGAUUCUUAAUAACUUGUCAGUCUGAGUAUGGUGGUUUCAGCAAAUUUCCAGGGGAACUGCCAGAUCUGUAUCACUCGUACUAUGGGUUUACAGCAUUCAGCCUUCUCGAAGAACCUGGCCUCAGUUCACUCUGUGUUGAGCUAGGAAUGACGGAUCUUGCUGCUAUAGGAAUCUAACUUAUUCUUCAUAUUCGUUUCGUUGGAGUGUGUUUCCACUUUCCACAUAUUCAAUUGUGUAAUUAACAAUAUAUUGUCAUUCAUGUAUUCUACAAUGAUUGUAAAGUACAGAUUCUUAGUUAUAAGUUACAACUGCAAAUAUUGUUUUUGGAAGGGCAAAAUAUGAGUUACAAAAAUGAAUACCGCUUCCAUGG